AUGUCCUCCAGCUCCCCGCCGGGCGAGCCGAAGAGCCGCAGCCUGGGCCGGCUGUCGCUGCCCAGGAGAGGCAGCAUGACGCCCGGCAAGAAGCCGUCGGCGCUGGAGCUGGCCGAGAGCACCCCAAACGCCCACUACGCCCCGCUGUCCGCCCCGCAGGGCGGGCAGGCUCCGCCGGGCUGCGGCCCGGAGCCGGUGCGGGAGCGGGCGCCGCGGCUGCGGAGCGAGGUGGUGAUGGUGAGCGCCGACUGCCCGCGGCCCCCCGUCAGCCUGGACCCCCGCGUCUCUAUCUACAGCCUCCGCAAGCCCCUGCUGAGCCGUAGCAGCGUCCAGGGCAGGGUCUACAACUUCUUGGAGCGGCCCACGGGCUGGAAGUGCUUCGUGUACCACUUCACCGUCUUCCUUAUUGUGCUGAUAUGCCUUAUCUUCAGUGUGCUUUCUACAAUUGAACAGUAUGCAGCUCUUGCUACAGGGACAUUAUUUUGGAUGGAAAUUGUGUUAGUGGUAUUCUUUGGAACAGAGUAUGUGGUUCGGCUAUGGUCAGCAGGAUGCCGCAGUAAAUAUGUUGGAAUAUGGGGAAGGCUUCGUUUUGCUAGGAAACCUAUUUCAAUCAUUGAUUUAAUUGUUGUUGUUGCUUCCAUGAUAGUUCUUUGUGUGGGCUCUAAAGGUCAAGUCUUUGCAACCUCAGCUAUCAGGGGCAUCCGUUUUCUGCAGAUUUUACGAAUGCUACAUGUUGAUCGUCAGGGGGGCACGUGGAGGCUGCUGGGAUCAGUGGUGUUCAUACACAGACAGGAACUGAUAACUACUCUCUACAUUGGAUUUCUGGGCCUGAUUUUUUCCUCUUAUUUUGUAUACCUGGCCGAGAAAGAUGCCGUAAAUGAUUCUGGAGAAACAGAGUUUGGCAGCUAUGCAGAUGCCCUGUGGUGGGGAGUAGUGACUGUUACAACUAUUGGCUAUGGAGAUAAAGUGCCUCAGACUUGGAUAGGAAAGACCAUUGCAUCUUGUUUUUCAGUAUUUGCAAUUUCAUUUUUUGCACUACCUGCGGGAAUUCUUGGUUCAGGCUUUGCCCUAAAGGUACAACAGAAACAAAGACAGAAACAUUUCAACCGUCAAAUUCCAGCUGCUGCCUCACUCAUACAGACUGCAUGGAGAUGCUACGCUGCAGAAAACCCAGACUCUUCUACAUGGAAAAUAUACAUUCGAAAACCUGCCAGGAAUUACCAUUUGCUGUCACCCAGUCCAAAACCAAAGAAAUCAGUGAUGGUUAAAAAGAAGAAAUUUAAGUUAGACAAGGACAAUGGGCCUUCUUCUCCGGAUAGGAUGUUGGCUAUACCACACAUCACUUAUGACCAUGUGGCGGAGGACAGGAAACCUCAUUUCAAUUUUGAAGCGUAUGAAAAUUCUGAUUGUCAGCGCUCCUGGCCAUCCUUUUCCGCAGACCAGCAGUCUUCCAGUGCUCCUUCCUCUCCAGUGAAAAAAAGCCCGACGUUUUUAGAUGUGAACACAGGACCCAUCAUCAGGACCAGCAGCUUUGCUGAUGAGCUUGACCUGGAGGGUGAGACACUGCUGACCCCAAUAACUCACAUCUCACAGGAAGCCUGAGGAGAAUGAGAGAAAAGUAGCUGAUUACCUCAAAUCAUGUUUGUUCAUGGC